CGCAGUUUGGUAGACUACACACUCAUCGUCUGUUUUUGUAGAACAGUGGUCGCCUCAGCUUAUUUCAUGUUGAUGACUUCAGCUGAAGACCACAAACACCUUUCCCAGACUCGUACGCACCACUUGUAGCAGCACCAUCGAGAGACGGCAGAUCACAACCAAUUAAAACAUGCGCACAAUCUGCCUAGUUUCAAUCAUCGGCUGAAAUGUUCGUCAGAAAAGAUGCAAAUCCAUCGCAGCUUUUGAUGUAUAGAUAUUAAUACAACCUCGCAAGUUUUACUCUUGGCCAGGUAUCAAAGUAGCCAAUAGUAUUGUGACAGCUGGACACGGCAGUAGCCAGUACCAUCGCCACAGCCUCACUCGGCAGUAGCAGUGAACGAACAAACCAAAAUCUGUAGAAACCAAUGAUGGGUUCGCAGAGCAUCUCCCAGGUAUAUAAUUCAGAUGACAAAUGCUGCAGGAUUUGUCACGACGAUGGCGGUCGUGAGAAACUCGUCUCGCCCUGCUAUUGCUCUGGAUCUGUGGGCUUCGUCCAUGUGUCCUGCCUGAAGAAGUGGCUGGGCCUCAACGGCCGGACAUCCUGCGAGCUGUGCUCCUACACUUUCCCUAUGGUCAAAGUCUACCCCGCGGUGUGGCAGUACUUUAAGGUACCACUGGACCAGUUGCUGCUUAAAGACAUCCUGUGUCUCUUUAUGUUUAUUGCCACCUUCAUUUUCCUGUGCAUUGCGAGUGUUGUGUGCUUUAAACUUAUGGGUAAGAUGGACACUGAGAUUGUCUUCCUCAUGCUGAUAUUCUCACUGUUUGGCCUGCUCUUUUUUUUUUUUUUGAUUGUAGAUAUCAUUGUCUACCGUUGUAAAGACAUUUUAAUCUGGAGAAAAGAAAACUCUCUGACACAAAUGGCCUUGGACAAAACACCGCCACCAAUAAUACGUGCGCAGGCGCAUCAAGCUCAAACAUCCCUCACGUGCCAGACACAGGGAGGUAUGCCCGUGUUUUUGACGCCUACAUACUCCAAUGACCCCACGGGAAGUCUUGCGGCAAACGGCAACGGCAAUGCCAACAUCAACGUAGCCCACACCCAACUGCCUGCUGGUUCCGAGUUCCAGAGGGUCGCAGACGGCGAUGAAACUAAUGAUUUUAGAAGCUUUUCUGAAGAAAGGCUACUGUCGAACGAGAAUGCUUGGACCAUACCUCAACAGAACGGAAUAAAUAACAUUACAACAAGCGUGGAUACUAGAAGCUCAAAAACACAUAGACGUAGAGUUCGCCAUAGGUCAUGUGGAUUAUCUUUACUAGGUCAUGAUGACCUAUGUUCAGCCUUCAGGGUUUACAAACCCAACCCAAAUGCGACCGAUAUCCAGCUGCCUGUGGUUCAAAGGAACGUAGCCCAAGUUGACACGAAUGAAUUCUUUACCUUUCCUAAACACGUCUUUUUGUGUAAGGAGAAUGCUCGCUCGCAUAAAAUUGCUAAUAAUGAAAUGAAUGAAAUAGAUGACGUGGAAAGUAAAAACACAAACAACAUUCGAAGAGGUUCGAAGACAGAGAGACGAAUGUCUCGCCACAGGUCUCGUGCUACUGACAAGACAGUGGGCUCGUCCACAGAUGGUCAGUCACUGGUCACUCAAGGCCUGGCACUACUAGGUCAUGAUGACCUAUGUUCAGCCUUCAGAGUUUACAAACCCAACCCAAAUGCGAGCCAUAUCCAGCUGCCUGUGGUUCAAAGGGUCGCAGCCCAGGAUGACACGAAUGAAUUCUUUACCUUUCCUAAACACGUCUUUUUGUGUAAGGAGAAUGCUCGCUCGCCUAAAAUUGAUAAUAAUGAAAUGAAUAAAAUAGCUGAUGUGGAAAGUAAAAAUACUAACAACAUUCUUUCUAGGAUGGUUAGAAAAGGUUCGAAGUCAGAGAGACGAAUGCCCCGCCACAGGUCUCGUGCUACUGACAAGAAGGUGGGCUCGUCCACAGAUGGUCAGUCACUGGUCACUCAAGGCCUGUCACUACUAGGUCAAGAUGAAUGGACAUCCGCCUUCAAAGUAUAUAAACCCAAAUGAGUUGAACCAUCGAACCCAACCAGGGAACCCGACCAAUGAGCCCAACCAUUGAACCCAACCACCGACGAAUGGUUGAUACUUAGAAAAUGUGUAUGAGACUGUUUUUCGCAUUUCAUCAUUGCUUGCCAAAACAUAAAAAAUAAUUAUAUAAAUACUGGAUAAAAAACAUUUUUUUAAUCCAAGAAAUAAAAUAGCGUAUGUGAAAAAACCAUGUAAACAAAAGUAUAUUAAUACCGAAUAUGAAAGUAUGGAUGUUUAAAUGAGACGAAUAAUAAGUUUUACAUUAUAUUUUAGAUUUUUAGAGACAUUUUACAAGGUUUGUAGUUUCCACAAUUUUAAUUACGAAUUG